AUGUCAUGUAAUCCAUGUAAUAUAUCGAAUCAUUGUGUCUCAUUAUUUUGUUCAAAUGAUGAAUAUGAUAUAUUUAAACAACAAGCUCAUCUUGAUUAUUUAAGAUUUUUGGAAUAUCGUUCAAAUGAACUUAUUCCUGGUGGUGUACUUAUUCUUUGUUUUCCUUGUUCAAAUGAUAAAGGAUUAUUUGGUUUUGAAAUUCUUUUUCAAAUUUUAUACAAAUGUGCAACUUUAUUACAGAACAAGAAUUACUCAAUUAUACUUAUCCAUUAUACAUUUACUCGACUUCAACAAGGAGAAUUAACAUUGGAUGAAUUUGUAAAAGACCACACUCGAUUUUUACGUAGUUGGGCUGAACCAUCAUUACGAGAAACAUUAGAAAGAAAUAAUCAUCGUUCAAAUGAAGGAGUCGAAACAUUACUAGAUCAAUUUUGGAAUUUAUACGAACGAGAAGUAAAAGAACUUUUAAAUCAAUUCGAUUUGUGUUGCUUUUAUGCCUAUUUAAUAUUGAAAAAAGAUUUGAUAUAA